AUGGCCUCUUCCAUGUCUCGAAGGUCACCCGUGACGCCGCCAUACGACGAUGACUACAACCAAAGUCCAAAGGGUCUGCGGGGGUUGGCAAUGAGAAGCAGUCCAACAUCGGCCUGCCUGCCUGUUCCUACCAUGACGUUCUCUCCGCCCGCGACGCCUCGGAGCUCACGACCGAAUAAGAUGUCCCUGCGGCUGAGGAGCAAUUCUGGCCUGUCCUUACACACAAACGAAGACGCCUUCCGUCGAUACACCGACUAUAACCCCGAUGGGUCUCCGAGAUCCCCGACAUUUGGGCCUGGUAUCUGGUCUAGUCUCGACAGCGUCUCGACAAGUUUGCGCCGAAGCUUUGGACCACCAGUCAUGGAGAUCGAGCCAGAACCUUUGUCUAUACCGGACUUCCUUGGUCGAGAGGUUUUCCAAAUGGUUCUUGCCAACGCUUCCAUCUCUCAACGUUUCUUCCAUUUUGCCCAGAAUCAAGGCUGCGGCUCGGACAUUGAAUUCCUUCUGAGGACCCAGGAAUAUGCGAAAUCUUUGGCGCUUUUUGGGAAGCAAGCCUCGUCAAUGCCGACACCAGCAAAUCUGCCUUCAACCGUCUCCAAGUCACUGAAUGCCGACAUGAAGCAGAUGACGAACUCUGUUCUUCCGGGUCUUGAGUCGAUGUUUGCAGAAUCUACACGAUGCGUCGAGCAACGAGUUGCCCGGUCUAUCUACCCGGCAUUCGUGAAGCACCAGCUUGCCAUCUCCACCUCGGCAGCUUUAUCCGGUACUCGUGUCUUCAAAUGUCCUGGUCUUGCCGAAUCAUUCUGCCUGACGGACGCCUUGAGCCCAGACUACCCCAUCAUCGCGGCAUCAGAUGCUUUUGUUUCUGUUACUGGGUAUCCAAAGAUCGAAGCUCUAUCCAGCAACUGCAGGUUUUUACAAGGGUCACUCACAGACCAGGACACAGUGAAACGCAUCCGGGAUACCGUGGCGCGUGAAGAGGAGUCUUUGGAGCUCGUCCUCAACUACCGCAGAGACGGCACCCCGUAUUGGAACCUUCUAUUUACCUGCCCGCUUGUGGACUCUUCCGGCAAGCUACGAUACUACCUCGGUGGGCAGAUCAACGUUUCAGAGAACGUUGGUGGCUACAAAGACCUUCUCCGGAUUCUCAACUUUGGGCCGGCCCUAGAGGAGGUCAAGGAAGAGACCUCGGGUCGGGAGUCCCGAGUCAGUCGCCGAAUGAGCCGUACGAGCAGCCGAGACAGAAAACAGGAGCGGCGGACAAGUCUCCGCAAUAGGGAUAGUCUACACAACAAAGGACCCAAGAAAAGCCUCUUCCAACCUUUCCGAAAGCAUGCGACACACAACAGUAACAAUCAGGAAAACACGUCACCGUCUCAGGGCGUUGGCCUUGGCUUGGAGCAGUUGCUAACGGUUUCGAGCUCAGAAGAGCAUCUUUCGGCACCCGCUCAGCUGGACUCUGUUUAUUCUGGCUACAGCCGAUUGAUUGUUUUGCAAAACACCGACGGACCUUCCGCCUUUCCGCCAAGGUCGUCUUCCCUACCUGCCGACCCUAACAAGAGGAAGGCCGCUCAGCUGAGCGUUGCCUUUUGUUCGGCUGCCGCGUUGGAGGCGCUCGGCCUCGGCCUUUUUGCCGACAGCAUUACGCACCGAGAUAUUUUUACCGUCCUUUCCGACCUCGCAGACUCACCGUCGAUUACCAAGAGCUUCAAGAACACGGUGCGUGAACGGGUGAUUCAAAACGGAAAGACCGCCACGCUAGAUAUCAUGCUGGGUGGCGGCUAUCUCGCGCGGAAGGGUAGUCUCAUUGGCCUCGGUGGGCGUUCGUCCAAAGACGAGUCGGACGGUAGUACAAAGAAGCAUGGACGACCGGUCAGCAGGUCCGGCUUCGCGAGUCUGGUGAGUGAGGCGGGCAAGAUGGAGAAGCUCACCAGCCAGUGGACCCCGUUGAAGAAUGCUGAAGAUAAGGUCGAGUGGAUAGUUGUGAUCAUCACACCGAUGAAAUGA